CUUUUGAUGGCGUCAUCACGGGGAUUUUCCGGAUACGUCGCACGGGGCUUCUCCAUAACCGCGUUAGCUUAAAUCCUCAAAUAUAAAAACAGUGGCUUUAUUAACAAACCAACCUCAAAGGAGUACAGGGUAAGAUAAACGAAGAGGACAGCUUUCUCACAUGGCGACGAAUGGACAAAAUAACAAAGCGUCGGUGUGAACAGCGACAAGAUUAUUUGAAAACAGAAUGUCAACAACGCGGCCCCUCCUCGGUAUGAAACGAGUCACCGAGCUAAACUGUUCCGAUCAGCCGACGAGCAGGCUCUCUGCAGCGGGCAGCCACCGAAAACAGGAACCCCCCACUGUCGACGAGUUUACAGUCCUGGAAGACAAACAAGAGGAGCUAAAAUGUGCCAAACCCCGAGUCGAACAAGUUUUCAAGGUAGCUUUCACCAUUAUAGGUCUUCUGGACUGCACUGGACAAUCGCAUGGCAGCAAGAUAUCACGUCAGAUUUGGUUGCAACUUAAAGGAAACAGAGACGACGUGUCAAAGGCUAAAGAGUAUGUGAGGGGCCUGUGUGACCCAGAGCUGCAGGAGAUAGAGCGAUAUCCGGUGGACAUGCACUGCAUCUUCGCCGGUGCCCGAGGACUCUUUCUAGACAGGCUGCUGCGGGACACCAGCGCGGAGGUCCUGGUGCCCGAACCAGGCCGCUUGCGACUUCUGGGUCGCGCUGAGCCCGUGGUGAUGGCCCAGAGCAGAGUUCAACAGUUUGUGGCGCUGUUUCAGGAAAAGCGAAGCCUGCCUGGCGAGAGGGAGCCAGCCGUGAAACGGGCAUUCAAGUCCUUCGUUGAGGAGAGGGACGACAAAUACACCAUGGAGCUGCUUCUGCUGCCCAGCGCCCUGAAGGAGGAGCUGCUGGGUCUGGCCCAGAGCCCCUCCAGCACACUGCCUGGCUCUUCCCUGGCGUCAGCCAGCGAGGGCCCGUUUGCCAGCCUGGCCGAGGCAGAGCAGGACCGCUCCCAGAGCAGCACGCCUGUGACGGAGCUCUCCAACCGCAUCCUGGACACCAGCUUUGAGGAGAAGGGAGCCGGGGCCGGGCCCUCGUCAGGCGAGGAUGGUAAAGCAGGGGGCGGGAUAAGCCUUGGAUCCGAGGCAGCGCACCUGAACGGCGUCCGGCCCUCCCACAAGCGGCGCUCCUCGGAGAGCGAGACCCGCGACACGAAGAGACAGUACUCCCUGGAGCGCUGCGAGGAGUCGCUGGAGAGGGAGAGGGAGCGGGAAAUGGAGCAAGAGAGGCGGGACAGGGAGAGGGCGCGGGACUGGAGGGAGAGAGAGAGCCGCCUGACCGACAGCUGCAGGUCCAAAACGCCCGCCGCCUCGUUCUCGUCCCCGCUCUGCCCGUUGUCCUCGUCCAAAGCCAACACCAUCGCGGGCCCCCUCCUUCUGGACUGCAGCGACAGCGCGCUGGACGACGGAGAGACCGUCAGCCCUGAAACCAACCUCCGCUGCCUCGUCAAUUUCUUCAGAACCAUGGGCUACCAGCAGGAAGUGGUGGAGCGCGUUGUUAAGGAGACCGGGCAGACGGAAGACACCUUCCUUGUGCUAGAGAGAAUCGUUGAGGAGACCAAGCGCUUUGAACAAGAAGGACACGGAGGCGAGCAGGGAGCACAACGGCUCUCCUCCUCGGUUGCUUCAUCCACUGUGUCCCGUGUCAAAGUCAAGGAGUGCGUCCCCAGCAAACUGUCGGCCGACGCCACUGGCAAAUUCCCUGGGAGCAUUAAGCCUGCCCACAGCAAUGGUCUCGGCCAUCGGAGGCACUGUAGCAGCGGCGGAGAAACCAAAACUCAGCAGGCCACCACGAUCAGGAGGAGCUCUACGGGACAGGGGGGCGCCGGGAGCUGUGACGUCAUCACCAUCGACGACGACGACGACGACGGGGACCCCGUCGCCACGGACACCACAACGCCAGGGAGAGGCGCUUCCCGGCUCACCGCCAUGGAACACCUGGACUCGCAGUCGGGGUCGAGGACGGACUACCUGGCGAGAGGAGCGGGGGGAAGCACGGCCAGGGACCACCUGACCCGGGCCGGCGGGACUCUGACCCUGGGCGGCCAGGCCAAGGUGGAGACGGUGACCGCCCUGCGUAGCGUCCCUCAGCGGCUGACCGGCCCCCACGCCACCCCCCUCGCCACCCCCUCCUCCACCGCUCCCACCUCCUCAAAUACGGCCAAUCCCAAGCUCCGGCACUCUGCGUUGUUGUACCUGACCGUCGGACAUGCGGGUUCCCAAGGCAGCAGGGUGCAGCCCCCCGCUGUCGGCGACCCAUCCAUAUCGCCGGUGACGGGUCUGGCCCGCUUCCACCAGUCCCUGCGGACGCCGUACACCCUGUCGCUGCCCAAUGAGCCGGGGCGGGCCGAGCUCCGGCACAUCAUCAUUGACGGAAGCAACGUGGCCAUGGCACAUGGGCUCCGUCGCUUCUUCUCGUGUCGAGGUAUCGCGCUGGCUGUGGAGGCCUUCUGGCGUCGGGGCCACCGGGAGAUCACCGUCUUUGUCCCCCAGUGGCGGCAGAAAAGGGACCGGCUUACCAUAGAGCAACACUUUCUGAAUCAGCUGGAGAACCUGAGGCUGCUCUCCUUCACCCCGUCCAGGGAGGUCUGUGGUCGGAGGAUAGCCUCCCAUGACGACAGGUUCCUGCUCCACUUGGCCGAGAAAACGGAGGGGGUAAUCGUAACCAACGACAACCUGAGGGACUUUGUCGACACGUCGGUUGCCUGGCUUCACAUCAUCAAGGAGAGGCUGCUUCCCUUCACCUUUGUGGAGGACCACUUCAUGAUACCAGACGACCCUCUUGGGAGGCAUGGUCCACACCUGGAGCUGUUCCUGCGCAAGCGGAGCACCUUUACUCCUCCACCAAGGAGACGAGCAGACGCCCAGACCCCAAACCAACAGCAACACCCCCAACAGCAGCCAGCCUACGGCCAGGACCCGCAGAACUCCUCCGCUUCGCCAUGGCCCCAGCCGGCCCACGGCAGACCCCAGCCCACCUGGCCUCAAAAGGGACCCCCGGAGUGGCACCCUGCACCCCACCGCUCGCCUUCCCCUUCCACCUCCCGGGCGCCGACGCUGACGGCGCCGCCGCCGCCUCCGCAGCGCUCGCAGGCGGAGACCCUGGAGCUGAAGGCCAAGCUGUACGACAUCUUCCCCGAGCAGAAGCAGCGCAUCGACCGGAUCCUAAGUGACAACCCCUACAUGAGGGACCUGAACGCCCUGUCUGGCCUGCUGCUGGGAUAGAUGGAAACACACGCCCACAGCAACACGCCACUGUUGGGGUACAGCCACAACAUGCUCAUUAUACGCUUAUGGCCACACCAACCCCAAUGUGUUUUCAUACCUUUUCACAUGUUCCGCUCGGGGGAGGAAGAGAGAGAGAGAGAGAGAGAAACACAGAUUAUUUUUUUCCUAUUUAAAUUAAAGAGUUUGAUCACCAAACGAGCUGCUAUUGAGAAAGUUAUUUGUUGGACUUGCUUCUCCCCCUCCACCCCUCCUAAACAUUCAGUGAUCUUAUUUGAUGAAGCUCAACAACACUUGCAUCGACUGAGCUAAAUCAUUAGCCCUUUGCACAAAUUGCACCUUUCUAAAGACCAGGGCUGUGAUCUUGAAACCGCAGGAUUUUGCUGACUUGUGGGACCAGAAGUAAUAAUUGAUUUUGGUCGAAGACAGCACAAUGGUCCUGAAAAGACAAACCUGGCAUCCAUUACAGAGGCCGGUUCCUUAUGUCCCAAGUUCAAGACUUCCCUGAGACCCUAUGGACAGUUGUCAUGCAUCUCACAAAAGAGUAUUUAUGAAUUGGUUCUUUUUCUACAAAUGGCUUCUAAAUAAUUAUGUUGAGCGUUCCUACCCUUGUUUCAUUUGUUGAAGAAUGUGAGGUAAAGUCUGCAUUUGCUUCCAGGGAUUUUGGUUUUAGAAUUGAAAUACAGGGGAUACUGAUUUUGAAUAAUUAAUUGCUGUGAGAUUUAUUGUCAGGUUUAGCCUUUCUUUUGGUUAACUUGUCAGCUACAGAUUUAGAGUUGAAAUUCGAUUCCAAAAGGAUUUAUGCUGCCAUUAAACCAGUUCCUAUCAUCAUCCUUGCUCCGGCGGAUACAUAUUUCUAUACAAUCCAAUGCCUUUAUUUGCUGUUUUGAAUGGUUUUCUGUAAUUAUUUGAUUGCCUUGAUUUCAGUUUAAAAUAGAAAUUGUUUGAGCAUAUACAGAUAAGCUCAACUUUGGCCAAGAGAUUUGAAAUCCUUUUCUUUACCUUGAAAUUGUCUUUAUUGGCGGGGUUUUCUGUGUCUGCAAAAAAUCAAAGAAAUCUUUAAUUUUUUCAUGUAGCAAUUCGAUUCAUCCUAGGUCUAGUAAUACCUGUUAUGACUAUUGCUAAACCCCAGUGCAGGGCAUCUCCAUGCCCUUGGAUUACAGUUUGGUUUAAAGUAAAGCCUUGUCUUUACGCAAUCUCUCCAUUGCUCCAUCUGUUCUAAGGUGGCUCAACACAGGGUGUAUGUUCCUUUUUACUCAUUUAUAGAAUAAUGGGGUGGAAAGUUACAAGAUGGUUAUGGAAUCUAAAACUUAAUUGAAAUAACUAGGUGAGUACAAUUAUUGGGUUUAAGUAUUUCCCUUAAACUUGGUUAGUUUUGAUCUUCAACUCCAAUAGAGAAUGUUUUCUGCACUGCCCCCCCCCCCCCCCCCCCCCCCCACCCGGAGCUAUUGCUAAUAUGCACUGAAUUUGGUUAAUCUACUUAACGGACAUCAGGAAAUUGAUGUACUCAUUUGUCUGUUCUACUUCAUUUUUCAUGUACAUUGUUGAUUUUCUAAAAUCUUUAUUUGUUAUGGCCAAACUGCACAAAUGUUUUUCUGUAUCUGUUUAUUGAAAUACAGCAUAUUGUGACUAUC